UGCAUUUUCUAAUCUCUAUCACUUGACGAAAAAUUCCCAUUUUCCCUUUGUUUGAGAAAUUGUGUGAGUUUAUAAAAUAGGUUUUAGAAGGGUUUAAUUAAGAAAUAAAACCCAUAAUUUUGUUUUGGAAAUUGACAGUUUUUUGGUGAAGUUUCAGGUGAAAUGGGUGAAGUUGCAUCACAAAAUGGUAAUACCGCAAUGGUGGUGGACAUGCGAUCAGAUACAGUGACGAAACCAACAGAAGCAAUGCGUACUGCAAUGGCAAAUGCUGAGGUUGAUGACGACGUGUUGGGUUAUGACCCAACUGCUCUUCGCCUUGAAACAGAGAUGGCAAGAAUCAUGGGCAAAGAGGCAGGGCUUUUUGUUCCAUCAGGGACUAUGGGAAAUCUCAUUAGUGUACUUGUACAUUGUGAAGUCAGGGGAAGUGAAGUCAUUCUUGGAGAUAUCUCUCAUAUCCAUAUUUAUGAGAAUGGUGGUAUUUCUACCCUUGGUGGGGUCCAUCCCAGAACGGUUAAGAAUAACAAGGACGGUACAAUGGAUUUGGAGUUGAUUGAAGCUUCCAUUAGAGAUCCUAAUGGGGAACUUUUUUAUCCUAUGACUAGACUUAUUUGCAUUGAAAACUCCCAUGCAAACUCUGGUGGUCGAUGCCUUUCUCUAGAGUACACAGACAAAGUUGGAGAGUUGGCAAAGAAGCAUGGUCUCAAGCUUCAUAUUGAUGGGGCUCGUAUCUUCAAUGCUGCUACAGCACUUGGGGUUCCUGUUGAUAGACUGGUGCAAGCAGCUGACUCAGUAUCGGUAUGCCUCUCAAAAUCUCUUGGAGCACCUGUGGGAACUGUGAUUGUUGGAUCAAAGAGCUUUAUAACCAAGGCAAAGACUUUGAGGAAAGCUUUAGGUGGCGGGAUGAGACAGAUUGGUAUCUUGUGUGCUGCUGCAUUGGUUGCAGUGCAAGACAAUGUGAAAAAGCUUGAGGAAGACCAUAAGAACACUAAGCUAUUAGCAGAAGGAUUGAACCAGAUAGCAGGGAUAAAAGUUGAUAUGAGUGCAGUUGAGACAAACAUUGUGUUUGUCAACGUAUGUGAGAGCUCGAAUACAACUGCACCAAAACUUUGCAAGCACUUGGAGGACCAUGGUGUAUUGGUUAUGCUAGAGAACACCUACAGAAUGAGGAUGGUUAUUCACCAUCAAAUCACCGAAAAUGAUGUGAAGCAUACUUUGUCAUGUUUGAGGCAAGCGAUAACUGGGGCAUCAAGUGAACAUAUUGACAAGUGAGAGGAAUUGAACUGCACCUCGGCAUUUACUGAUUAUUAGGUGAAUGAUCUGUAGACUGUGAAAUCUAAUUUUAUGUGAUGAUUCAUGAAGAACUAUGUGUAACAAAAGUAUGUGAACUAUAAAUAUAGUGUGUCCUAUUUUACA